UGCCCCUUUAUGUCUACGUAAUGGCGAGACUCUGAUUUGAUGCUUUGUAGCGGUUCAGACACCUCACAUAAUCAAAACAACAUAACCAAGAGUCUACGAUACGACAAAGUUGCAGAUUUUAAACAUCAUGCCCGUGGCAGCCACCGGCACAGAGCAUUUGCUCCAGAUGCUGGACACUGUGAGUGACAGCAACAGCUCCACCACUGCAAAUGAUCUGGACCUCAUCUUCCUCAAGGGCAUUAUGGAGAGCCCAGUGAGCCCAGAGAGCCUAGAGGAGACGCGUCUGGAGGCCGUGAGGGACAAUAAUGUAGAGCUGGUGCAGGACAUCCUGAGAGAGCUCAGUCCCUUCACACACCACAGCAACACGGCUGCUGAGCUCUCUCACAUUCUCAACCAGCCACACUUUCAGUCACUGCUGGAGACCCACGACUCUGUGGCCGCCCAGACUUGCGAGACUCCGCCCAGCAGCCCCUGUGCUUUUAUGGAACCGCCCAUCAACAGCAUCCCGGUACCAGCUGAUGCCAUACGCAUGGUGGGCAUACGGAAAGUGGCUGGGGAGCACUUGGGUGUGACGUUCCGUAUUGAGAACGGAGAACUUGUGAUUGCACGUAUUCUCCACGGUGGGAUGAUCGAUCAGCAGGGUCUGCUCCAUGUGGGUGACAUCAUCAAAGAGGUGAAUGGGAAAGAGGUUGGUGAUGACCCACGUGUGCUGCAGGAGAUGCUACAGGAGACCAGCGGCAGCGUGGUGCUCAAAAUCCUGCCCAGUUACCAGGAGCCACACCCACCCAGACAGGUUUUUGUGAAGUGCCAUUUUGAUUAUGAUCCGGCCAAUGACAACCUCAUACCUUGCAAAGAGGCGGGACUAAGGUUUUCAAGCGGAGACAUUCUUCAAAUUGUUAACCAGGAAGAUGUCAACUGGUGGCAGGCAAGUCAUGUAGAGGGAGGCAGCGCUGGACUGAUUCCCAGUCAACUUCUGGAGGAGAAGAGGAAAGCUUUUGUAAAAAUAGAUGUGGAGCUUUCACCAGCAGCUAAUCUCUGUACUGGAAUUGUCGGCAAGAAAAAGAAGAAAAUGAUGUAUCUGACUACAAAAAAUGCAGAGUUUGACAGGCACGAGUUACUGAUCUAUGAGGAGGUCGCAAAAGUCCCUCCGUUUCGCAGGAAGACGCUGGUUCUGAUUGGUGCGCCUGGAGUGGGCAGACGAAGCCUGAAGAACAAGCUGCUUGUGUCGGAUCCUCAGCACUUUGGCACCACUAUUCCCUACACCUCUAGGAAGCCUAAAUCAGGAGAAAGAGAGAGUAUGAUGUAUGCCUUCACAUCCAGGAGUAAGAUGGAAACUGACAUUAAAGCUGGCCGCUACCUUGAACACGGUGAAUAUGAUGGUAACCUCUACGGCACCAAGAUCGACUCCAUCCACGAAGUAGAAGAGGCUGGACGCAUCUGCAUCUUGGACGUCAACCCACAGGCCCUAAAGGUUCUCAGGACAUCAGAGUUUCUACCAUACGUGGUGUUCAUCAAAGCCCCUGAGUUUGAGGUGCUAAAAUCCAUGAACAGAUCUGGGAUUGAAGCAGGUGUGGUGACCAAACACCUAACCGACGCAGAGAUAAAGAGGACGGUGGACGAGAGUGCCAAGAUUCAGAGAGUGUACGAACCCUACUUUGACCUCACCAUAGUAAACGAUGACUUGGAUCAGUCAUACAGAAACCUUAAGGCUGCAUUAGAGAAACUGAAGGGAGCGCAACAGUGGGUCCCAGUUGGGUGGGUCUUUUAAAUUUAAAGCAUGAUGGAGCGCAGCACAGCAGCAAGUAUUGAGUGCUACCCAGAUCAUAUCAUAAACCUUGUGCCAAUGUUACCAGUCUGAAAGACUAAACAUCUCAGUGUUUCAUCUCUGAAGUCUAUUUUUAUUAUUAUUAGGCUCUGUUAGAGUGAACUGUAGUUGCAUCAUCUCAUGUCAACCACAGUUUGUUUUCUUAUACAUUCCCAAUACAGCUCUAUUUUAGGAAGGAAUAUAUUUACAUUGACUAAUACAAUUUCAACACUGAGAUUACUGUGAUGAGGACAUCAUAGAAACAGUAGGCAGAUAUUGCCUAAAAUAAUAUUUUGAUACACUCAUCGUGCAGUAUUACGCAGACAUGUAGGGGUUUCCGAUGGCCGUUUUUAUAGAGCUUUGAGUUUA